CACGCAUCUGCCACAUGCGCGCCCAAGUCCACCUCCAAGCGCCGUCGUCACGCUCGCUUGACGCUGCCGAAGUCACGCCAUUGCUUGUAUACGACCACGACAAGCCGCACAUGGUCGGCACGGUUUUGGUCGCGUUUGCCGCUGUCGCGUUUAGUUUGGUCGCGACAUACGUCAAGUACAUCAGCGUCGACUUGACCUCGGUCGAAGCCACAUUUUGGCGGUUUGGUGUCGCGUACGCGUUUGUGCUGAUUUUGGCCCUCUACUCGAAAGUCGACCUACUCGUCGCGCCACAAUACCACUGGGAUCUUGCGUGGCGAUGUGUCUUUGGCACAGCAUCGGUCCUGUCGUUCUUUUGGGCCAUCACCCAAAUGGCAUUAGCUGAUGCGAGCACAAUUGCCGCCACUAGCCCCGUCGUCGUGUCCCUCGUUGGAGUAUGGCUGCGUCGUGAACCUGUUGGGCUUGUUGACAUUGUGACUGCCGCUGUCGCCGUUGCUGGCAUCGUGUUUGUGGCUCGACCGAACGUCGUCUUCGAAGUGCCCAUCAUCAGCUACGGGUCUCCGUAUGCUUGUCUUGGUGCGGUGGGGUCGGCUGUCUUUGUUGCGCUGGCAAAUGCACAUGUGCAGAAGCUGUCGGCGGUGCCCACCCUUGUCGUGACGCACUACUUGCUUCUUGUUGGGGCGACUAUUUCAGGCAUCUGGGUGCUCGUCGCUCAAGGGGUACGGCGUGUGCGAGCAUUUCUCCUCCCAUAACAGUUUUUAUGGAGUGUAGCGAUUCAGUUUGCACGGCUGUGGCCGCACCGUGGCUCAGGCCACGAUCGCCAGCGGUCUUGUCGCGUUCUUGGGAGAUCUUGCCUUGUCCAAAGGGCUGCAGCAACUCGAACAUCCCGACACGUCGACCCGAACGAAUCGCUUGCUGUCGAUGGUGCAAUAUGUCGACCUUGCUUUCGUGUUCUUGUGGGACGUCACGCUCAUCCAUGAACGCGUCAACUGGUGGAGUGUGCUGGGGGCAGUCUUGGUGACCGCUGCCGUCGUGACGGUGCAUUAUCGACGCGCUACCCGCGCAAGCAACGAGUAAUUGGUUUCUCCAAGUCCCUUGGCCACCGUGUUCGUCUUUCAAACAGAGCCAAGUUGUUCAGCUCCUCUUGGGGCUCGUCAACAUAGAUUGAUCGCAAACCAAACAGUACCGUGGCCAGUUUGCUCAAUCGAGAGAGCAUCGCCUUCCAGGUGGCAUACGUGUGAAAAGGAAGAGAUGGGACUUCUUUCCAACCACAGUAGCACGUCUUGAAUCUUGACGGCAGGGCCAUCCAUAGCCACUUUCCCGUCAACACAACUCAACAUCGCAUGACGUACGAAUGUCCCCUCACGCCAAGACCCUUCGAAGACGUCGCGCCUUCUCUGUGUCGCUUCCCACAAACGGCGUUGCACCUG